AUCUGCACGGCGUGAACUAGCAGUGUGUGGAAUUCGGCCAUUUCACUAUAUUUCAAAAUCCUGAAUCAUCGCAAUACUUAAAACCUAUAAUACAUGGAAUAGACCUUUGGGUUACAUUUUUAAUAUGUAUAACCCCAACUAGGGUUUAUAUACCUCAUUUUGUAGAACAUUACGCUGAUAGUGCAGAGAUAUUGGGCCUCCAGCUCUGCAUAGCGUUAUGUCAGUGGUUCUGAGUGAAUUGCGAUACGAGCACGUUUCAUAGAUAUUCAACUGACAGCGUUCGAGUGGGGAGCUGCGUCAGAAUGCCCAGGCUGCAAAGGAACAGAUGGCCACAGCAACCAAAACCCCCCCCGGGGCAGACCCCAAGCAACUGGAGCGGACGGCCACAGUCAGGGAGAUUGGCUCGCAGGCGGUGUGGUCCCUGUCAUCCUGCAAGCCAGGUUUCGGGGUUGACCAACUGCGUGAUGACAACCUGGAAACCUACUGGCAGUCAGAUGGGUCUCAGCCUCACCUGGUCAACAUUCAGUUCAGAAGGAAAACAACAGUCAAGAUGCUUUGCAUUUAUGCAGACUAUAAAUCAGACGAGAGCUACACGCCUAGCAAGAUAUCUGUCCGUGUGGGGAAUAACUUCCACAAUCUUCAGGAGAUAAGGCAACUAGAGCUGGUGGAGCCCAGUGGGUGGAUACAUAUUCCUCUUCUGGACAUCGCGAAUAACCCCAUCCGCACCUUCAUGAUCCAGAUCGCUGUGCUGGCCAACCACCAGAAUGGCAGAGACACUCACAUGAGGCAGAUCAAAGUGUACACGCCAGUGGAGGAGAGCUCCAUAGGCAAAUUUCCCAGGUGCACCACGGUGGACUUCAUGAUGUACCGCACAAUCAGAUGAUUGACACACAUCUGGUUCGGACUGGAACGGUCUCAUUGUGAAGCUUUAAUGCUGAACCUAAAGCUCUUUUUAAAAGUUUGAGGUAAUCGGUAAGAUCUUGUGUGGCCAGCAGAGGUCACUACAAUCUUUUAAAAUAAGUGUCUUUUUCAUGAAGUGCUGCCUUGAACAUUGAGUUAAGAAGGAGUCUCAUGAAUUUGAGAGGGUGAAUAUUUGUGAUUUAAAGUUUAUUUUUUUAGGUCAAUUCUCUUAUUGAAUGCUCUUCUGCUCUACAGAAAAGGGUGAAUAAAGGUUUACACACUUUAACCACUUAAAAAUGUCAUUACUCUGAAUUGUAAUUAGACAGUGAUUAUAUUAACUUAACAAAUUCUGUGUUAUGGGCUGAAUUGCUGUAUAGAGUGCUAGAUAUGUAAAGGCUAAAAGAAAGGACUGCCAACUGCCAGUUGAAUGAAAUAUGCCUGUAGUUCAGCAUUGGUAGUGUUUUUAGAUUUAUCUGCAGAGAACAUAUUGAACAUUAUUUGAAUAAUCAAAAUCUGAGUUUAAUUGGAGGUG